AUGAUGACGACGUGCCGUCUGCUGUGCGCCCUGUUGGUGCUCGCCCUGUGCUGCUGCCCGUCCGUGUGCACGAAAGACACUAAUAUGGAUCAGAAUUCAGGCUCUAAUGGAAAGGUCGGCAGUUCAUUGCCCCCUGCACCAGCCAAUAAUUUAGCUCCGGAGGCCCCAGUAAUUUCAAACAAGAACACGACGCCUGGGGAUCGUGCCGACGCCGGUCAAUCGCCCUCUCCACGAGAGGCAGUAUCACAGGUGACCGCUGCGUCAGGGCCGCCGAGUAGUGGGCUCGAUGCGGAGCCGGGAAACGUUGGUGGAGGGGGAUCAGAAUCAAAAGACAAAAUCGAUGUGUUGCAGGGAGAAGAUAUUGACGAUACGAGAGGACGAAAAAGUAAGACGAAUGCAUUCGCACACCAGACAGAUCAGGAAGUUGAGGAUCCUGCCAAGAAGACCACAACGACCACAACCACAAAGGCACCAACUACGACCACCACCACUGCGCCCGAGGCACCAAGUACGACGACUACGGAGACGCCAACCACGACGACCACCCGUGCACCGUCACGUCUUCGCGAAGUCGACGGCAGCCUCAGCAGCUCUGCGUGGGUGUGUGCCCCGCUGCUGCUCGCCGUAUCCGCGCUGGCGUACACCGCUGUGGGCUGA